AUGUAUCAAGAUCUACUUUAUGAACAAGAUAACAAAGGAAAUGACAAACAAGAGAGUAUUACUCACAGUGAUAAUUCUGUGGUCCAAGAAAGUAUUACGUGUCCAUGUUAUUUAGUUGCCGCAAAAACUUAUUUCCCUAUUCUUUUUAAAUAUUUCAAAAGAGAUGAUCCUUUGGUAGUUUGGGCCAAAGCAGUUGCAAGGGAAGAUUCACCAAAAGAGAAAACAUUUGAAUCAGCUGAUGAUCUUGUUGAAAAUUUGAUGCAUAUUGUACAUUGUUUUGCAUAUAAGGACGAUUUUUAUUUAUUGUACCCUGAACAAAAUCGUACUGAAGCGGUGGUCAAGCUUAGAAAUUACAUAAGGUUCAUAUUUAGCAAAAUUUCCACUUCAUAUACUCGUCAAGAUAUAUCUGCAACACAUCUAUUAAGCGCAUCAUUAAGAAAAGAACUUAUUUCUUCAGAAAGCUCCUCCUCCAAUGAUGGUAAUAGUGACCAAGAUGAAGACUGGAAUUACUCUGAGCUACUUCCCUCAUCUUUUUACGAGCAAUACGAACAAUUCUCUGUGGACUCCUUCAAUCAAGACCCCAACCCUGAGGGACUACAAGAUCUAUAUAGAGCAUUAAAACGCUCACGAAAGAGCAAUGAACUGUUUCAGUUCAAGAUUACAAAUUCCCGAAGAAAAGAGUAUAAUUUCCACAACAAAUUGUUCGCUGAGUAUUUGCAAGAUUGCAUUGAAAAAGGAAUGAGUUUGAAUUCAAGUCUCUUAUUCUUGAACGACUUUAUUAACAGUUGGAAAAGAAGAAAUGUCACACUUUCUUCAGAACUACAUAUGAAGGUUUUCCAGCACGAUUGGAUUUCGAAAAUGUUUAGCGAUUUUGGGAGAACUGUGAAAAAAAAUUACAAGAUGUCCUUAAAUGAAGAUUCUUCAAAAUACUGUCGACCAGACAUGCUUGUUGAGGACGACGCUGUUUGUAUGGAAUGUAAAUUAAUGAAUGUUCUCAAUUGUGAAAGCGAUGUUCGGAAAGCAACGCUUCUUCCCCUUAGAAUGAUGCAAGAACGAGAUUUGUCGAGAGGGUUAGGUCUUCUUGCAGAUUCCAAAUAUGUGUAUUCCUUUUUUAUAGAGCUUGAUAAUGAUAGUAAUUAUUACAAGUGGAUAUACUGCCAUCGUUUUGAAAUGGAUCAAUUGUAUGACCGAUGUUUAUUAUUCUUCAUUUUGCUUCGGUUUUUGAUCCAACGAAGCGGAAAUAAGGUCUUGCAAGCUGAAUAUAAUAGAUUAAAAGCUCUUGCAACAACUUGGGAGAAUGAGAAAAAAGGUAAUGAUUCAAGUGCUACAAUUGUUUCAACUCAAAGCAAGGGUCGCCCCACAGGAAGUGUAUCAUCCUCAAACCAUUCGUCAACUCAACGAUCAAUCCACUCAAACACAAUAUCCACAACACAAGCACAACAGAAAAAGAAACUAUUAUUCAAGAAACACAUUAAGGACAGGACUGAACGAAUUUUAAAUGACGUUUCAAAUUUUCACAACAUCCACAGCCAUUAA